AUGAAGCUGCUAGGAUGGUGGUUGAUGCUGGUGGGCUCGCUUCGGUUGGCGUCGGUAUGGUUCGGUUUCUUCGAUAUAUGGGCUCUUCGACUCGCUGUCUUCUCCAAGACCACCAAGUUGGGCAAGAUCCCAAAUAUGUCGGAAUCCCUUCAUUCCCGGAAUGAAGCAAUCUCAAGAAGAAACUUUUACUGGAAAAAAUUGCCUAUGAAUUCUCCCGAAGCUUUCUCUUAG